GCGGACUCCACGCAGCCAUCGACAUGCUAUCCAUGUGUAUCAUAAGAAUCCUGCCACACCACCGCGAGGACAUGCGGCGCCCUUUAUAUCAUCACGCCCAGCGCCCGCGUGGCAGGUAGUGUAGGUCGUACACCAUCGUCCCCUCCCCUCCCUUCGCCCUCCUCAUUGCACCCUCCCUCCCUUUGCUCCCCGUAAGGUAUACCUCCUUACUAUCGGAUCGUCCUGGACUGUGCUAUACAGCAAGACUCGCGACGACGAUACGAUAAUUCUAGCCAGCGGACGGACGGACAUUCAUCCGAUGUGUUGGCCUACGAGAGUUGACAGCUACCGGCCCCCGGCUCCUCGUUACGUCAAAGAGACAACAAGAUACACUCGGCGAUACUCGCCCUCUCCUCCUCCAGUGCGUCGCAUCGAACGCACGUAUAUACGACGAGCACCGUCGCCUCUACCUCUGCCAGCGCCACCGCCAUUGUCAGCUCCGCCGCCUCCUUCUGUCUACCCACCCUCCACCAAGCCUCCCUCAGCAGCUCCCACCAAGCCACCAUCCAAGGCACCCACGGCUGUGCCUGAACCGCCUCCACCGCCUCCUAGUGCUCCCAAGAGCAAGGCACCAUCGGCAGCUCCUAGUGCAGCAAAGAGCAAGGCACCGUCGGCCGCUCCCAGCGAACAUAAAAGCAAGGCACCUUCCGUUGCCCCCAGCGCCGCAAAGAGCAAAGCACCAUCCGCCGCACCGAGCGCAGCGAAGAGCAAAGCGCCUACAGAAGCUCCGCCUCCGCCUGCACCUGCGAGCAACGCCGGGUCGAAGAAGUCCAAGGCCACGUAUGUCGAAGUGACAAGCGAGGGAGAUGGCGCUAGUAGUGCUAGCAGCGGCGUAAUGUCCGGAGCCAAAUCAAAUUAUACACACAAGACAUCGGGCAGCCGAAGGUCCAGCGCGCCGCCACCAACCGAGUACUCGCUGCAUGAGAAAGAGAGAGAAAUUCGCCGUUAUGUCCGGCCUGCCAACGACUGGGAGACGUAUCGAUACGUCGACGCUCCACCGCCCCCUGCGCACAGCAGGCAUAGGAGUGUUAGCAGUAGGCGUGACUCUGGAGCUCCCGGGCCACGAGACAGCUUUGACCGCGAGUUGAAGAUCUCCAUUAGACGCUAAGAUAUGUUGUGAAAGCCGGCUUCUUCGCACGAGAGAGUGUAAUUGCUUUUGACGUUUCCACUAUAUAUUGAUGCGAUAAUCUUGCGUAUGAGCGUGUCUGGCUUUACUCGAGCAAGCUGCAAUGUUUUCAAGCAAAGCAAGCGAGCAAGCGAUUAAAAGAGCUGGGGUAACGGUCGAGCCUUAUGAGCAUAUAAAAUUUACUAUAGACGAUUGUAGUCGUCCCGAAAUACGUUCAAUGUUUAUACAUUCUUGCCUUCUAUACCUACUUACUAUAGACGAUGGUAUACAU